AUGCCACCGAAAAAGAGAAGUCGCCUCGGCCGCCAUACUGCAGCAGCAGUGGCGCAAAAGGCGAUUAUUGCAAACGAGUCUUCCGACAAAAACGCUUUCAGACUUUCACAGAGCACCUUACGUUCAGCGCAAUCACGAGCUGCUGAAAAUUUACAACAGCGCAACGCAUGCCGAGCAAAAAUGGCUUCAUACGAUGCUGCUUCCAGGGCUUCAGAGGGUCCGGAAACAAGGUCGAAGCGCAUGGCCAUAAAGGCUUCUGCUGUUGCUGCACAAAGGGCUUCAGAGGACCCACAACAAAGGGCCACUCGACUGGCUACAAACGCUGCGGCUAAUGCUGCUUCAACAUUUUCGACACAUUCCCACGACUCAGACCAGCAACGUUCUAUAUUCCAGCGGAACAGUCGACGCCGCGAGGCUACCCGUGGUCUGACGAGUCCAAACAGCCCUUACUGGCAUCUACGGGCUUUCAAGUAUGAGCCCAACUUCAAUUACUCGAUGCACGCUGACAUAAAUAUUGGGGAAAUGUGCUUCAAUUGCCAAUUCUGCAAUGCUAAAAAGUGGGCUGGGGAACCACCUGCAAUGUGCUGCUUAAACGGUAAGGUCAGCUUGCCCCCUCUUCGGGAGCUGCCAGACCCUUUGAAGGAAUUACUUACUGGUUCCACCUCAAGGUCAUCAAAAUUCCUUCAACUCAUCAGGAAGUACAAUUGUGCAUUUCAGAUGACUUCUUUCAGGGCUAACGUUGUCAGAGAAACUGGUUGGAUGCCUACUUUCAAGGUCCAGGGCAAGGUGUACCAACUUAUUGGGUCACUCCAGCCACUACAAAAUUGCAAACCUUCGUUCCUUCAAAUUUAUUUCAUUACAAAUUACAAUAGGCAACUUGAUUUGCGUUUCGGCGUAAUUCCACAACCUGCAAACAUUGACGCUGACAAUUUCGACAGGGACGUGCUGCUCAGUCUGCAAAACAUGCUUCAUGACCACAACAGCUACAUUCGCAGUUUCAAAUACGCCUUGGAAACAGCCCCUUCACCAACAUUCACCAUUGUCAUCGAUGCUGACGAAAGGCCUUCUGGGGCGCACGCGCGCCGAUAUAACGCUCCUUCGUGCAAUGAAGUGGCCAUAGUUCUCCAUGGUGAACAGCACAAGCAGCGAGACAUAGUUCUUCAAAGCCGCGACAGUGGUCUUCAGCGUAUUAAUGAGACGCAUCGGUCAUAUGAUGCCCUGCAGUAUCCCCUUCUUUUUCCGUAUGGAGAAGCCGGGUACCAUUUCGGCAUUCCUCACCACAAACCAAACGAGCCCUCGGCUGCGACAUCUAAAACCGUUUCAUGUAUGGCUUUUUACUCAUACCACUUCAUGACAAGGCAUAAUGAUUUCAACCCCCUGCACAGAUCACGGGAACUGUUUCACCAGUUUGCAGUUGACAUGGCUGCAAAGAUGGAGUCCGAGAGACUGUGCUUCAUCAAACUGAAUCAGAAGCAGCUGCGCUCAGACUCCUACAUCCAUUUGCGUGAUGGCAUCAGGAAUGACACUGACGCCCGCAAUAUCGGCAAAAUGUGCAUUCUCCCCUCAACUUAUACAGGGGGCCCACGGUACAUGCACGAGCGAACACAAGACGCUAUGACUUACUUUCGGCAUUAUGGGCGACCCGAUUUAUUCAUUACCUUUACAUGUAACCCAAAGUGGGUUGGAGUAACGCGAGAACUUCUCCCAGGGCAGCAGUACUGUCAUCGCCAUGAUAUUAUUGCAAGGGUUUUCAGGCAGAAACUGGCUAUGCUCAUUCAUUUAAUAAAAAAGGGCAGGUUUUUGGGCCUGUUAACUGCCACAUUUAUACUGUUGAGUGGCAGAAAAGAGAGUUGCCACACGCGCACAUUUUGCUUUGGUUGGUCAACAAAAUAG